CCUGUACACGUACAUGUAGCUUGCCGGGUAAUCAGAAUGGUUAUAAGAAGCCACUACCCCGACGUCGCCAUUCCCGAAGUUUCUCUGGCAGACUUCCUGCUUGCGGAUAUCGGAGGGAAAUAUGAAGAUUACGUUGCACUGGUGAGUGCUGAAACGGGCAAAGAAUACACGUUUAAUGAGGUCAGGUUUUACGUCAGGCGCGUUGCGAGCGCGCUCACGCGGCUAGGGUUUGGCAAGGGGGACGUCUUCUGCAUCUACUGUCCGAACAUUCCAGAGUUCGCUCUCAUGUUCCUAGGAGUAUUAGCCGUGGGUGGAGUUGUGACAACGGCGAACCCUAUGUACAGACAUGACGAGUUGAUACCGCAGUUAAAGAACACGGCAGCCCAGUACAUCAUCACAUUUGAAGACGCAGUUCCAAUUGCUCAACAAGCGGCCAGUGAGGUUGGAUUGAAGGCUGUGUACGUUUUCGGCGAAGCGCCAGGCUGCCGUUCAUUCUCGGAACUUUUGGCCGAUGAUGGGUCCAUGUGCCCAAAAUAUGUCCCGGUUAACCCAAAGGAAGACGUAGCGAUCCUGCCGUCCUCUAGCGGAACGACCGGUUUACCAAAGGCUGUGAUGCUGACACACUAUAAUGUAGUUGGUAAUCUGAUACAGAUGAGAGAAUUGGUUUAUAGAGGAAAACCCGGAGAUGCUUUGAUGGGCGCCCUGCCGUUUUUCCAUAGUUUUGGGAUGCUGGUGAUCAUGUUGGGUGGAAUCAAAUACAAGCAGAAGGUCGUCUGCAUCAGUCAGUUCAACCCGCUGCUUUUCUUAGAGUCGAUACAGAAAUACAGGGUCCGUAUGCUGCCCUGCGUCCCCCCUAUGGCCCUCCUACUUGCCAAGCACCCCAUAGUGGACAACUAUGACCUGAGCUGUCUGGAGGACAUCCUGUGUGCGGCCGCACCUCUGGGGGUAGAGACUGAGAGAGAACUGAAGAAAAGGUUUAAUACAGAGGUGGGACAGGGGUACGGGUUGACAGAGACCAGCCCCUGUGUGUCCGCCUCACCCCCCACAGACCGCCACCCCGGGGCGUCUGGGGUGUUGAUGCCUAAUACAGAAUGCAAGGUGGUAGACAUUGAGACAGGCAAAGAAUUAGGUCAAGACCAAGAUGGCGAGCUCUGGUUCAGAGGACCCCAAGUAAUGAAGGGCUACUUGAACAACCCCCAGGCCACUGCAGCCACUGUGGACAAAGAUGGCUGGCUUCACACUGGCGAUAUUGGUCACUAUGACAGCGGUCAUCAGUUAUACAUUGUAGAGCGUCUCAAGGAACUGAUAAAGUACAAAGGCUUUCAGGUCCCGCCUGCUGAACUGGAGGCGGUGUUGUUAUCCCAUCCGGCCAUAUUGGACGCCGCCGUGGUGGGGAUUCCCGAUCAAGAAGCAGGGGAACUUCCGUUCGCCAUGGUGAUCUUGAAAGAGGGCAAAAAGGCGACCAAGAAAGAAGUGGCGGAUUUCGUGGCAGGUAAACUUGCGCCAUACAAACGUCUGAGAGGAGGAGUAGAGUUUGUAGAUGAGAUUCCCAAGUCCGCGAGCGGCAAGAUUUUACGGCGGCUCAUACGUGACGAAAUCGCAAAGAGGCGAACGAAGUCCAAGCUGUAAGAUGAGCAUUUUGGUCGAUCCGGGGGCUAUCCAUGAAAACAUGGAAUCAUGAAAACCGUAGGAUUGAACCUACUGAGUAUUAAUUAAUAUAUGCAAUGGAGAUUAAUUUUGCAAUACAGGUUAACCCGGUUAGCGGAUUAUUUAAUUUAAAGGUGAUAAGAAAAAAAAUUAAAGGGACGACAAUCAAAAUCGUUUUUGACACAGGAUACUUGUAUUAGAACAGAUGUCUGCCUCUGUAUCUUUUUUUUUUUUUUUUUUUGAAAGUUAUCUCUGAGUUUUAUAUGAACUUUGGUGAAAACUGCCAAUAAUUCAUCAUAAUAAUUUCGGGACAAAAUAUCAUGUGAUAUGAUAAGUAUUAUUAGACCCGUGUCUUACAAUGCAAAUUAAUCCUGUGUCUUGUGAUAUGAUUAGUAUUAUUGGACCUGUGUCUUGCGAUGUUAUUACUAUUAUAAGACCUGUGUCUGAUCAUGUUAUUAGUUUUAGUGGAUCUGUGUCUUUAAAGUUAUUAAGUGCAAAAACAACAAUGUUACUCUAGGGCAAAACUGGAGCGAGCCGUUAUUACAUGAAAUCAUCGAUAUACCUUUCAAUUUGUUGUUGAACUUUAAGUCAGUUAUUAAAGGUUUUGUCAAAUA